AUGUCAGAUUCGAAACUAGUUGAUUUAAAUCAGAAUUUUUUAACACUACUAGCGCAGUUUAAUGACUUAACCGAUUCAUUCUUCUAUUUUUAUAAGCCAGAAAGAGUCAAACUGUUUGAAAAUGGUCAACGUCCAUUGAACUCUUAUAGGGCUAGCUUCUAUGGAGCUCUUAAAGCGCUUUUCAAUUGCAGAGCUUACGAAGUAUCACCCCUGGGAUCAAAUGUUGAUAAUGGUAGGAAUAGGAAACCGACUUAUCGAUUGAUGCCUCGAAGAACCAUCCACAAGAAAAUAUGGGAAGUUGGGUUAAAUAAAAUAAAUGAUACAGUUGGAAGGUUGCUAGAUGUCGAUAAAUUGGGUACCAUGGAUGGUGAUUUACCAAACAUUGAAGAGCAGUUUAUUAUUAACCUUGAUGAGAUGGAGAAUACUAUAACUAUACUUUGCACGGUAUAUGAAAGUGUGAAUAACUGCUACCCAACUAUGAUACCGCAAUAUCCAAAAAUUCGCUCUGUUGAGCAUUUCUUUGCUCAAUACGCGCUGCAUAGAUAUCAGGAACUUUGUGAGAAGUAUGACAGUAACCUAUUUGGUCAGCUCUUAGACUUUUUGGUAUCUCGAAUUCAACGCUGCAUUCUGAUAAAGGACGAACUGUCAUUGUUAGUUGAUGAUAAAGCUAUUGAGCACAAGUUGCUGCCCAUAUACAGCAAGUACAAGGCUGGGAACCUCCCUUUCAUAUAUAAAAAGACAUUAGUGCUUGAGCUUAAAUUGGGUGAUGGAGUUGGACUGUCACAACAAUUUACGAAGAAGUAUUUGGAGGUCAUAAAUUACUACCAGGAUUUUUCUGAUACCAAAUAUAUCAAGAGACUGCGGCGAUUACUAUUUGUUACAAAGAAGGUCUUAUCCAAUGAAUGUAGACAACUUUCAGACUAUCUCUGUCAAGAAAUUUUAAAAGCAACUCUGUUAAACGAAGUGAAUCUAAAACCGCUGUUAAAGACUAAUAUCAAUCAUGCUAAUAUCUCUUCAUUGUGGUUAAUAAUCUAUGGCUGCCUAAGGAAUGGUACGGUAGACAUGUGUCGUGGAGGAUUUUCAGUAGCAUUUGAUGAUGUUUCGGAUAAUAAAUUUUGGUCUAUUAUCAAACAACUACUCGAAACUUGCAUAAAUCGCCCAUAUGAGCAGGAGAUAAAGCUUUUAAUAUGGGACAGCCUCAGAAAAAGAUUUCAUGGUGAUCUACAUUUGGUCGAAUUUCUGGCUAGUACACUGGAUUCAUAUGUGAAGAAGUUCAUGGAACAUGUAAAGUCGUUAGCGUCCCUAAAUACUAAAUGGAUGGAAUCUAAAUUUUAUGAAAAAUCAAUUAAUGAUAUGAAAAGCAUAUUAAAGGUGAUAGAUGCUAUGAAUUUAUUGAGUACAUUUAUUCCAUAUUACUAUGAAAAAUACUGGUUUCGUCGACUAAUUUUGUAUGCGAAUGAGUACAAGAAAUGUGUGGAUGAGAAUGUGGUUCUCAUUGAGCAGGAAAUUAGCGACAUGGCAGGCUCUUCAAUAGUUCUAGCGUUAACUAUGAUGGAUGUGAUUAAUGGUAUAAAAAAAAAUGGUAUUACUCUAGAAAUGAACAAUAUUGAUACUGUUUCUGUUGCGGUUCCUCGUUCCGCCGUUCCAGAAGUUUUCUUAGAAUAUGACGUUAACGUCAAAACGUUACCAAAAAGUUUACAGAGUAUCUGGGAUGAAAUCAAUGUAACGAGGAAUUUUCUUCACUCUGCUUCUGUUGUCCAACCACAGUUUGCUUUACAUCAUUUAGAGAUCGAGACGCCAUUUAUGCUUUCGAACAAUGCUAAGCUAAUUGUCGAUGUUACCAUGGUUCAGGCAUGUAUUCUCGAGCAAUUCAAUGAGGAUGAGGAGAUUAAGAUCGAUGACCUAGCAUCUCUGUACGGAAUAGAUAAGGCAGAAUUGACAGUUGCAAUGGAAUCGUUCGUGGGUGUUGGGAUGGUUAAGAAAGUGGGUAUAGCAUACUCAUUAAACUAUGACUACAACCCUAAUUCUGGCGUCAAUGUUUCAGGUAAGAAACGGAUUCCAUACACUAUUUCUCGACCUACUCAGAAGGAACAUAGCAGAGAUACAAGUUGGAUCAUUGAACUGCUGAGAGCAGCAAUUAUUAGAACAUUGAAAUACGAACAAAAGUUUAUGACUUUUGAUGAACUCCGAGAUCAGGUAUCUACUCAACUUGGAGGUGUCAGCGUUGCUGAGUUCAAGUUAGCCGUCGAUAAAUGUUCGGACUACUAUACAAAAGAGAAGGAUAUGUAUAAAUUUGUAUGGUGA